AUGUCCUUCUCUCAUUCAUGUGAGUUGCGAGUAUUUCACUUUCAAAUUUCUUCCAUCACCAAUGUCGUGUCCCUCGACGGCCGCAACUUUCUCAAGACCAACGACGAGAUCGGCAACGACAACAAGCUCCAUGUCAUCAUCCGGAAGCCCAACUCAUCCAGGAGGUCACUCGGCCCCGGCUCCUUCGCCGGGCUGACCCCAAGGCCCUCGAACCUCACCGGCGCCGAGAUUUACAGCCUCGGUUCGUCCCAGAACCGGACCCCAAGGAGUUCCAACUUCAACCAGUCGGACUUCUCCUCCAUGAUGGGAUUGGCCCCGAGGCGGUCCAACUUUGGGUCGGAUCCGUACUCUGUCCAGUCCUCGUGCGGCCCGACCCAAAGCCAUCAAAUUUCGAGGAGAACUCGGCGGCAAUGGCACGGUCUGAGCCGUCUCCAAGAUUCGGGUUUACCCGGCGCGGACGGUUCCGACCGCAUACCCAGCUCCGAAUCCAGAAAUCGCAUCCGCUUUCACCAAAAACAGCAAGAACGCGCAACAGCAGCAGCAGCCAAAGCAGGAAUGAAAAGCCAACCACGACGCCAAGGAGCUCCACAUGUUUGUGUGGAGCUCCAGCACGUCGCCGGUUUCCCAAGGGGGCGGGCUCCACGUGUUCAGGGGGACAGAACUCGGACCGUCGGAGCAAUCUGGACGCUUCAGUGGGAAAGGCGGGGAAAGAGACUAGGAGAGAGAGAACAAGGAGCGAGCUCCACGGCGGAGCUGCACCCAAAGGCCGCAGGGGUGGCGGAGCAGCUAGGCGGCAGCGGUGGCCGGAAGGGCAGGGAGCAGAUGCCCCCGGCGAGCAUCAUGACUUGCCUCAUCCUCAUCAUGGUGUGGCGCAAGCUCAUCCGCAACCCCAACACCUACUCUAGCCUCAUCGGCCUACCAUGGUCCCUUGUCACUUUCCAAUGA